AUGAUGUCGCGGCGUGCGCGACGGACUGCGCCAGCUCAAACUGCUCAUGGAUCGACACCACGACGAUCGCGACGAUCAGAGUUUUACGACAGCACAGAUGUUCCGACGCCGCGGCAUGCGCGCGCCUCUGAGCUAGGUGGCGAGCAUGGCAUGACGCCUAAGACAAGGCGCUCACGGCGGCCUGUGCUAGACGACGACGACGACGCCGGUGACCCCGUCCGCCGGCGUUCACGUCGGGCUGACCUAGGCGGUGAUACCGAUGCUCCUCUGCGACCACGGCGUUCACGGCGAUCUGAUGCAUCCAGAAAUGCUGCGGCCGUCGCACCACAUGCACACCGGCACCAGUCACGACCAAGUCAUGGGCCGAGGCGCAAAAGUAUGCCACGGCAAGAGCCCACGAACCGUGCCUUUGUGUCGUCCAGCCGCACAGCCAACUUGCUUGAGGGGAGUGGCAGAUCAGCGAUGGAUGCACGCUCGAUUGAAACAUCUGGCAGUACCGUCUUUCACGACACGAUUGAGAACCACGAUGUGAUGAUGGCUGCCCGUGAGCCACCCCGGACGAACAAGACGCGGCAUCUCGCUGUACCGCCGCGCAACCAAGUCAAUACGAUGAAAGAAGGCCGUGUAUUUGCGAUGAAUGGCAUCGACAACCUCACACUUCUCAUGGAGGACGAUACGUACCAGCCGGCGUGCUUUUCCAUAUACCUGUUCAAGACACGCCUGGACUACAAGACGGUGCGAGCCUUCUUCGAGGUGCUAGUGCAACUAUAUCCAAAGUACCGAUACGUCGUGGACUUUGAGCCGUACUCGGCGCAUCGGCGCGACAAGCGGCGGCGGAAGCAGACGGCCGAAGACGCUGAGCGCGUGCAUCGCGAGCGGAACGAGGCGAUGAAGCGGGGGAAUCUGCCGCCGAACCGAGGGCCGCGCAUGAUGUACUCCAAGACGCUGCGGGCCGGCUCAUGGCUCCGCCCAGCGCAGUGGCGCAUUGACGAGGACUUCCACGUGUCAGAGAACAUCGAAGUGAUCUCGUGUGAAGGGCACGGCACCGACGAGCAGCUGUUCAAGGUCGCGGGACGCUUUCUUGCUCGGCACUUCGACUACAACAAGCCCGUGUGGGAGGCACUUCUCGUGCAAGGUCUCGAUACAGCCGACGGUGGGAAAAGCGCGCUCAUGAUCAAAAUCCACCACUGCUUUUCCGAUGGCCAAGGUAUGAUCCAGUCAUACCAUGCCGCACUUACUGCGAUGUCCAAAGGCAUGGGCAUCAAGGAAGUGCAGCAGUGGGUCGACACUUCGAAGCAAAAGAAAAAGAGCCAACGUAAGGCGCUCAAGCCCUCCGUCUUUGGCACCAUCUCGCACACGUGCUACACGAUUCGCGAACUGUACAUGCGCCGGCGCAGGUCGUUCGUAUACCGCAACAUGAAGAUGAAGCGUACGCCGCAGCGGCUGUACUUCCACUCGGACGGCAUAUCGAUGGACGCAAUCAAACGCAUCCGCGAGGCGUACUCAACAGAAACCAUGAACCUCACCCUCAACGACGUUGCUAUUGCGAUCCUCGCUCGGGCUAUGGCGCAGGCGUCACGCCGGCUGAGUCCGAUCGGCACGUCAAGCGAUAACCGUGCUGCUAUUUUUAUUCCCAUCUCGGUGCGGCCCCAGGGCAACUGGGACCUGCACAACUUUACGACUGGCGCGAUGAUUUGGCUCAAGUACCCAAACCUGGACGAGACGCCCGUUGAAAACAUGCUGGCAGAUGUGCACAAGGAAAUGAUGCGCCUCAAAAAGUCACACCUUCCCAAAAUCUGGUACAAGCUGUUCCUGUACUGGUGCAGGCACCGUGUGGGCUUCCUACCAAACUACCCCGUCACUCGGCAGUUGUUCUAUCGUGCGUUCAGCGAGUACCAUGUCGCUACGAACGUGCCCGGCCCUACAGAGCCUGUCAAGUUCGGCCGGCAUGAGGCUUACAGCUACCAUGUGCUGCCACCCAGCUCGCCCGGCAAGGCAACGAUGGCUAUCGGAAUGAUUAGCUAUGCGAAAGACUUUUCCCUCGCUGUGUCAUGUGACGAUGUGCCCGAGUUCCGCGACGUGCCUCACGUCCUGUGUAAGGCGUUCGAGGAAGCGGCCAAGGUGCUGAUCCAAGCGGCCGAUCACCGUCUCGCUAAUAGAAAAGAAAGCACAUCCUAA